AUGGUGAAACUGCUGCGCAUCUUUCUAACGGGAUUGCUCGCUCUGUUCAUGAUAUUCGUGUGGCCCUAUGUAUUCAUUACCUUACGCGAUUUACUGCUGCACAAAGGGCGCUAUCGUGUGUAUGAGGAGGAGUUAGAACAAAAGCCUAUUGUUUCUAAUGUUACUAGCGCUUGUCCUUCUGUUGCAUCGUCAAACUGUACUGCUUGCCCUAGAGAGCUGCAGAAUGGAAGUGCCGCAAAUGGGGUGGCCCAUAACUUCAGCUUUCCAUGGCAAAACAACGAAAAAAUUGGCGCUGGCAAGCCUAAUAUCGCGAUUAUCACAGUCUUCAUCCUACCGAAAGACGGCCAUUUUGUCACAGAUCAUUCUCAACUGAGGUUCGACCAUGUCAUGGAGAGCUUUUUGAACAAGUUUAAGUACGCCCAUUACUACAAUUACGAAUUCAUUCCGAUCUUUUGGAAUUUCAAGGAUCCAGAUCUUCCCGGCGCGUGGGCAAAGAUUCCAGCCUUGCAGCGAUACCUGCCUUACUACGACUGGGUUUGGAGCAUGGAUGUUGAUGCUUUUGUGACCAAUCGUCGUUUGUCGAUUGAGGAACAUGUACUGAAGCAUAUUCCCCUGGACAAGGCGGUUGUGAUUGCCCGCGACUGCAAUCACCUCAACACGGGUUCGUUCCUUAUCCGCAACACCCCCAGAGCGUUCCAGUUUCUGGAUGCGGUGUAUUCCUUACGCCGAAACACCUCCCUUCACCUUUAUGACAUCUGGUACGAGCAGAGCGCAGUCAUCCACGUCUUUGAUCAUGACAUCGAGGGCCUUACAUCUACUUUUCACUUAAUACCCCAGCAGAAGCUAAACUCAUACUCUAGCAACUGUGGCCACACAUGGCAGCUGCGCGAUUUCGUUGUGCAUUUCCCAGGCCAGGCAGAGAAGAGUAAAGCGUGGGCUAACCUAUUGAGGAAGGGUGGUGCAGAAUUGCAGGAGUUACUUCCUUAGCACUUGAUGAGCGAUCAGGGCGAGCGCCCAGCCGAGCGGGGAUUGUAACCAUGAGAUGGCGUCCUUCGAGAAGGUUGGCCUGGUCCGCUUGCUGAGGAGCGUUUUGCCAGUUGGCCCGGUAGCAUUCUCGAUGUCCGGCUGUGAAACCUUCACGAUGUUCCCCCUGGAGCUUGCAGUCCAUGCGUAAAUGCAAGUCCUACGGUCUUCAUCUUAUCGCCUGUAGGCAGCAGAGGAGAGGUUGGCAGCGACUACAUGCUUUGUGUACGGCUCAACAGCAGUUACACGUUUUGUGCUGCAGAGUGACAAUCGGGGUUUAUAUGGGGCCCUCCCGGUGACCGGGCCUUGGAGAGGUGGAACUUAUUUGGGCUUCUUAUUCUUGCUGCUGGCGGCUGGUGCUUGGGUGCGGACAGAAACAGUAUUUUGCUCGAAUCUAGGUACGAACUCUGAUAAGUCGAGUGCUGAUAUGCGGGUUUGGCCAACAGCGCGACACAUCCUCUGGGCCUCUCCAUGGUGCUUGGGAGAGGAGUGUGUUUCAUCGGAUUAUUGCAAGGAUAUUCGUCGAGCCCACCAGUCAGAUAUCUCAGGCACCGACAGUAAAUUCGCUAGUGCUUAGAGGCUUCAGGUGCCUGGGCUAAGGCCAUUCGCCUGAACCCCUGCCUGGCCUGGACCUCCAAGGACCUCGGCCGCUCCGGGGGCCGUGGUUAGAUUUUUUUUAUAAACAUUCAGCUUAAUUCUGGGCUCGUUUUGCUUACGCUUGAGCAAUACGCUUGAGCAAUGUUUUGACGGUGGCUUGUUAAAUCGGCUCCUUAUC